GCGUUAAGUAGAUCAGAACACAACACGGGGCUGCACUAUAGUGGUGCAGGCUCUGUACCUGGCACACUGCUUUCUUGGUUUGGGUUUGAGCCACAGUUGGAAAGGAAAUGCCCGUGUUUAUGGAGGAUCCUGCCCUUUUCUCUAAGGAGAGGCUGAAAUCGGAGUUGAUCGCCAACGAUGUGGCUCUGCCUUUGAGCGAGAGCAAGAAGGAGGUUUACCUCCAGCUCUAUUUGAAACACGUUACCAAUCAAAAUGUAGCUGACUUCUCCAGCGAUGAAGAGGAGGCAUUUGAGCCUGUUUACCAAGGUGACAGUCAGGAGGCAGCACUCGAAGACAAGGACAAAAGCUAUACAGAAAUGAUGGACAUCAGCCAGCUGACUGACAAGGAGUUGAAGGCACAGCUUAUAAAGUACGGAGUCAAGCCUGGGCCCAUUGUAGGUUCCACAAGGCCCGUUUAUGAGAAGAAGCUGCUCAAGCUCAUCGGCUCGGGUUCAGCAGUGCCGGCAGUCAAGCAGAACAGCACUGGCGAUGUGGGGCGGUACUCUGACAGCGAGGAAGACGAGCGAGCAUCGCGAUAUGAGCAGGAGAGGAAGAAAGUCACAGUCGAAGUGGGACAGAGCCCAGCCCAACUCGAUCACAGCGGGGUAAGAAAACUUCAUGAAAAACAGGCAACCUACUUUCCUCAGUGCUUCGCCCCUUGUUCGAUGGUGGACGGCAGCAACAGCAAGUCGGAGAAGGAAGAUGUGUUGGAGGAAAUGUUCCCAGAUGAAGCACGCACUCCGACAGGCAUCAGUGCCACGCGUCGCAGGCCCAUCAAAGGAGCGGCUGGGCGGCCUGUCCAGUUCAAGUACAGCGAGCUGGUCACUCAAGUGCCAGCCACGGGAGACCAGAAGCCACCUGUCUCCGGGCACCUCGUUCCUAUCUGGGCCCAGAUUGCGGUCUUCAUUGUGAUCGCUGGCUUCCUCUUCCUCAUCUACCACUCUAUGGAGGCCAACCAGGACAACCCCUUCAGCAGCUUCCUGCAGAACCCCAGCCGGGGGGAGGAGAUCCUGCAGGAAGCCCAGGACACCCAACCGCCACCCCUCGCUGUGCAGGAGUAAAGGCAUACAAAACAGAAACCUUAAACUGGAACCGGGGGUGAGGUAAUGGAAGGGAAAUGACUGUUUCUACUACAGCCUCUAAAGUCUUGUGAUGCCAUAGGAAACUUGCCAAUUGACAAGCAAGGGAUUCAGUUUUCAAACCCUACACUCAAUCUAGCCUUUUGGCAAUUAAGAUGCAAGUUCCGGUUGCUAAAUUGUCUGAGGUUCUAAUGUAAAAGUGCCUUUAUAGGCUUCAGUUGGGAGAAGUGUACACAGUAGUAUCUGCCUCUCUCAAUUCAUGACGGUUUCUAGACAUAAUGAAAUGUACCGCAUCUGCCAGGUGGCGAAGGUCAGUUAGUUCUGAGACUCACACCUCAUUGAUUCUUUCCAUGUAAGCACUGGAAUGAGUCCGAGGGAGACUGGCUAGCCGUGUGUAGCCUGGUUUUCAGCUAAAUAACCCUGUUUAAUGCAAGGUCUUGCGAGAUCUACCGCCUCCCCCUUUUCCGCUUUCAGAAAUAUAUUUUAGGAAGGUGUCCGUUCUAUCUCUUGUGUCAUUUAAUAUUUAUUUUUUUCCAGGCUGGUGUUGCAUUUUAGAUUUGGUCAUUGUACAGUAACCAGAUGUGUGUGUUUAUUUUAAUAGUAUAUACCAAUGCAAUAUGAAAAGGUUUAAUAAAGGAUUUAUUUAGUAAUUAA